AUGGGGAAGAAUAAAUGCAUAACCUCUUUUUUCAAAAGAAAGAAUGAAAAUGAAGAACAAGUAGAGGGAAAUCAGGGAAUUGUUGAUGGAAACAAUGAGAACAAACGUCAAAAAGCUUCAACAAGUGAACCGGUUAGUGAAGUGAAUAAUGAGGCGAAUCAAAACAUUCCACCGGUUAAUGAAGCGAAUCAAAACAUUCCACCGGUUAAUGAAGCGAAUAAUGAGGCGAAUCAAAACAUUCCUCAAAAUCCGACUAUCAUCAAUGAAGUGGAUGUUAGUAGUCUAGAAAGAGAUCCCCCUAAGCGACUCCCAAUGUGGAAAUAUCCAGUUAAUAUACGGGAACAAGUAAGACUAGCUUAUAUAUCAUUAGGACCGUAUCAAAUAAAGCUAGAUGAGUAUAAGCCUAGGGGUCCGAAGAACAAUCUUCGUAGAUUUAAAUAUGCUUGGUUUGAUAUGUUCCCUAAUUGGUUAGAGUAUUCUCCAACGAAACACAAGGCUUAUUGUUUCCUUUGUUAUUUGUGUAAUGAUAAACAGAAUGAGAGCCACGGUCAUAGUGCGUUUACUAGUGAAGGCUUUGACAAUUGGAAAAAGGUUAAUGAUAGGGAUAAAUGCCCAUUGUUGAAGCACAUUCAAUCUUCAAAUCAUAAAAAAGCUUUUCUAUUGUAUACGAACUUGUUGAAUCAAGAAGCACACCUUGACAAUUUCAUAGAAACGAAAAAUGAAGGGAAAAUUCGGAAGAACCGGUUAAGAUUAAAAACCACAAUUGAUGUAGUUCGUUGGUUGACUUACCAAGCUUGUGCCUUACGAGGACAUGAUGAAUCUUCCACAUCUAAGAAUCAAGGUAACUUUCGUGAAUUGCUAAAACUUUUAGCCCAUUAUAAUGAUGAUGUUGCAAAGGUUCUUUUCCAAAAUGCUCCAUAUAAUUGCAAGUAUACGUCUUCUGAUAUUCAACAAGAAAUUAUUAGCAUUAUGGCUAAUAAAGUUCGUAAGCAUAUACGAAGCGAAGUGGGGGAUUCAUGGUUUUGUGUCAUGGUUGAUGAGUCACGGGAUGAGUCGAAAAAAGAGCAAAUAGCGAUAGUUUUAAGAUUUGUUGAUGCUGAAGGAGUGAUACGGGAAAGGUUCUUGGAUUUAGUUCAUGUUACGGAGACUUUAUCAGCGACCUUAAAAGUAAAUUUGUGGAAUACACUAUUGCAUUACGGUUUUGAUGUUAGUAAAAUUCGUGGUCAAGGCUAUGAUGGUGCUAGCAAUAUGAGAGGAGAAUGGAAUGGAUUGCAAGCACUUGUCCGGGAAUAUAGUCCUUAUGCAUUUUAUGUUCACUGCUUUGCUCACAGGUUACAACUUGCCUUGGUUUGUGUCUCAAGAGAUGUGACUCCGGUACACCAAUUCUUCUCAUACCUAGUUUUUAUAAUUAAUGUGGUUUGUGCUUCUAGUAAGCGCCACGAUGAGUUACAAAUGGCAAAGGCGGAUGAGAUUAAAAAGUUACUAGAAUUGGGUGAAAUCAAAUCGGGUAAAGGACAAAAUCAGGUAGGGACAUUAAGAAGGGCCGGUGAUACACGUUGGGGUUCCCAUUUUAAAUCUGUUUGUAGUUUGGUUAAUAUGUUUGAUGUCACCCGUGCUGUUCUCAAGGGAAUAACUGAAGACACAACUCAUGCUACUAGUUCUCAACGUGGAGAUGCUAAUAUAGCUUACGGUUACUUGCAAUCAUUUGAGUUUGUGCUUGUUCUUCACUUGAUGAAAGAAGUAAUGGCAAAAACGGAUACGCUUUGUUAA